AUGGCACCCUCGUUGAGCUCUCCGCCUGCGCCAUUGUCGCCAACGCAGCAGCAGCAGCAGCAGCAGCAGGAUGGUAAGCAGGAAGCCAAUACGGACUGGCGCAUCACAACCAAGAUCGCCAAGGCAGAGAGGGAAGGAAGGAUCUGGUGGAGCUUCGAGUACUUUCCGCCUCGCACCGCGCAAGGUCUCACCAACUUGUACGACCGCAUCGAAAGGAUGGCGGAUCUGGGACCCGCAUUCGUCGACAUCACAUGGAAUGCCGGUGGCCGGACAUCCGAUUUGACGGCUCAGCUGGUCAAGACGGUGCACACCUACAUGGGAUUAGAGACGUGCAUGCACUUGACCUGCACCAACAUGCCCAGAUCCAAAGUCGAUGUUGCACUGCGAGAGGCGAAACAGUUUGGUUGCAGAAACAUCCUCGCUCUCCGCGGAGAUCCUCCCGCUGGAGGUGGAGCUUGGGAGAAGCACGAGGCCGGCUUCGAGUACGCCAAGGAGCUGGUGCAGUACAUUCGACAGGCCUACGGCGACUACUUUGCCAUCGCAGUCGCCGGCUUUCCCGAAGGUCAUCCAGAGUCGCUCGAAGGUAAAAAGAUGGAGUUGGAAAGGUUAAAGGAUAAGAUCGAUGCUGGCGCAGACUUUAUAUUCACGCAAAUGUUUUACGAUUUCGACAUUUUCGCCCAGUGGGUCAGGGACGUGCGCGCUGCUGGCAUCACCUGUCCCAUCGUGCCCGGCGUCAUGCCCAUUCAGACCUACGGCGGCUUCCAACGAGCUACGGCGAGGUUCAGAACCAUCGUUCCUCAAUACUUUCACGAUGCCCUCGAGCCCGUCAAGGACGAUGACGCCAAGGUGCGAGAAGUUGGCACGCAACUCGUCGGCGAUCUGUGCAGGCGCAUCAUCGAUCCCAAAGAAGGUUUGCGCAUAUCCGGCUUGCACAUCUACACUAUGAACCUCGAGCGAGGCUCGCGCAUGCUUCUCGAUUACCUCGCCUUGUCUCCCUCUCCUCAGCAAGUCAAGACGCUGCCAUGGACACCCUCCUUGACGCCCAAGCGACGAGACGAGGGCAUUCGGCCCAUCUUUUGGGCCAACAGGGCCAAGUCGUACGUAGACAGGACAGAGACGUGGGACGAAUUUCCAAACGGAAGGUGGGGAGAUGCAAGGUCGCCCGCGUACGGCGACGUCGACGCUUACGGAGUCAAGCUGCGAUACUCGGAAGCCGAAGCGAGGGAAUUGUGGGGAGAGCCUACUUCGCUGGAACAGGUGAAGCAGCUCUUUACCGGCUUUUGCAAGGGCGACAUCAAGGCGCUGCCUUGGAGCGAGACUGCCAUUGCCAAGGAGACGACCGUCAUCAAUGACAAGCUCGUAUCGAUGAACCAAAAGGGCUUCUUUACCAUCAACAGUCAGCCGUCCGUAGAUGGUGCUCGCUCAGACGACCCCGUGCACGGCUGGGGACCCAAGAAUGGAUACGUGUACCAAAAGGUUCGUGAGGAUCGUGGCUUCUUCUCGUCUGCGCCGCCAUCUCAUAUCACUUUCUUGCCCACCCGCAGGCCUACUUGGAGUUCUUUGUCGCCCCUUCGCAAGUGGACGGGCUGAUCUCGAAGCUGGAACAAGACCCUCAAAUCACCUACCACGUCGUCAAUGCUCGAGGCGACAUGCGUACGAACACCACCUCGGAAGCUCCCUGUGCAGUCACUUGGGGUUGUUUCCCGCACAAGGAGAUCAUCCAACCGACCAUCGUCGAGAGCAUCUCCUUUUUGGCAUGGAAGGACGAAGCGUAUGAGAUUGGCAGGCACUGGGCACGCGUCUACCCGCCCGGAUCGCAAAGUCGACGAUUGCUGGAGAGCAUCUUUGGCAACGCGUCGGGAGACGUGACGCCCGGCACAUCUCCCGAUCUUCAUGCCGACCAAUCUUGGUUCUUGGUCAAUGUUGUGCACAACGACUUUAAAAAUAAAGAGGCCGUAUUCGCUCCAUUUUUGGAUGCGGCCGACCUCAGCGCUGCUGCUGUCGCCGCCGCCGCUGCCGCUGCCACCACCACCGCGUCGCUGGAGAAUGCAACCGAGACGGCUCGAAAUGUCGCUAGUGGUGCUGAAAACGUCGCCAAGUCGCUAGCUGAAAAGGCCACAGCUCCGCUCGCCAAUGGGCACGUGGCGUAA